AUGACCUGUGGGCAACUAGAAACUCAGUUCAUUCUCAAACCAAUGUCUUGUGAAGGGAAGGGACUUCUUAAGGAAGAAAGAGACAGAAAUGAUCUUGUCACAAACAACUGUGAAGACCCAAUAGCAUCCUUGCUCUCUCCAAUGGCUUUUUCUAGUUCCUCAAACCUCACUGGUACUUACAGUCCAGCCCAGCUCAACCAAAGAAUUGGAAUUGGUGGUUGGUCCCCAGCAAACUCUAACUCCCAGCAAUGGCUCCAGAUGGACCUGGGAUAUAGGAUGGAGAUAACUGCCGUGGCCACACAGGGAAGAUAUGGAAGCUCUGACUGGGUGACAAGUUACAGCCUGAUGUUUAGUGACACAGGACGCAACUGGAAACAGUACAAGCAAGAAGACAACAUCUGGAUUUUUGCAGGAAACAUGAAUGCUGACAGUGUGGUGCAUCACAAAUUACUGCACUCGGUGAGAGCUCGCUUCAUUCGCUUUGUGCCACUGCAAUGGAAUCCAAGUGGGAAAAUUGGCAUGAGAGUCGAAGUCUAUGGAUGUUCUUAUAAAUCAGACAUUGCUGACUUUGAUGGCCAAAGCUCUCUCCUGUAUAGAUUCAAUCAGAAGCUAAUGAGUACACUCAAAGAUGUGAUUUCUCUGAAAUUCAAGAGCAUGCUAGGAGACGGAGUUCUUUUCCAUGGAGAAGGUCAGCGUGGAGACCACAUCACCCUGGAGCUCCAGACAGGAAGGCUUUCCCUGUAUCUCAAUUUGGAUGACAGCAAAGCUCGGAUCAGCAGCAGCUUACCCUCGGCCACCCUGGGCAGCCUUUUGGAUGACCAGCACUGGCACUCUGUCCUCAUUGAACGGGUUGGCAAGCAGGUCAACUUCACAGUGGACAAGCAAACACAGCACUUCCGUACCAAGGGUGAGGCUGAUGCACUGGAUAUUGAUUAUGAGCUUAGUUUUGGAGGAAUUCCAGUGCCAGGAAAACCUGGAACCUUUUUAAAGAAAAACUUCCAUGGAUGCAUUGAAAAUCUUUACUACAACGGGAUAAACAUAAUUGACCUGGCGAAACGAAGAAAACAUCAAAUUUAUACAGUG